AUGGCAGCGGCGGACGAGGACGGCGAAACCGCCGGUUUCGAGUGCAAUAUCUGCUUCGGUUUAGCUCAAGAUCCGGUGAUUACCCGGUGCGGCCAUCUCCAUUGCUGGCCGUGCCUCUACGAGUGGCUGCGAUUCCACUCGCAAUGCCACGAAUGCCCCGUUUGCAAGGCCGUGAUCCGAGAUGAGGAGCUCAUUCCGCUCAAUGGAAGGGGCGAAACGGCAUUUCAUCGGAGAUUGAUUCCUCGUCGGCGAAUCAGCAGAUUUGCUCCGGCGGCGAGGGUUCGGUUUCGUGAGUUUUCUGGUUUGAAUGGAUAUGGCUCGUUUGGUGGGGGGAAUGGGGAGGUUGAAGAGGGGAAUAUUAAUGGUGAUAAUAUGAAGAAGAUUAUGUUUUUCAUUCUUCUAUUUGUAGUUUUUGAUUUCUUAAUAAUUUGA